UCGCUCGCUCAUAAUAAUAAAAACGUCAAAUACGCGUCAAAUCGUCAAUAAAUUUUAUUUCCACGUUUUAGUUGUUUAUCUCUGAAUUUUGAUCUUAUUAACGUAAAAUGCGAAAUUACUGAGUUGUAUCAAUGAGGUUUAUUCCCAAGCAUCCAGUUUAAAUGUUGUCAGUGGAUCAAGAAACCUAACCAAAAAUGCCAAGGUCGCCGAAGGAUGAUCCAAGAUACAAUGAUGCUUGGAAUUACGGUGCGGAAAACGCCGAAAAAUGUGCAUCUGGUAGUUUAAAUGAAAGAAAACAAGCUCCUAUCUCGUCAAACUCGAAUAUUAUGAAUGAAAACAGUAUGUAUGUCAAUGCAAAUUUCAGUAACGAUAUGUAUACAAGCAAGAUGCCGUAUAACGUGUUAGCUGGCGAUUCUGUACCGAACAAAGACGAAAAGCUGACUUUUAACAAUAUGCAGAAUGUUCCUCACGUCAACCGGCAGAACUACAGCAACGCCACGCUCAACUGGGGCGAUGGACAGUCGCUGAAAGUGUAUGUACAUUACGACGAGAAUGGGCAGCCGCGCAUAGUUCCCAUGGCUGGACAAUACGAGCUCUUCAACCAUAACCAAGGACUCCGCGAGAUGCCCUUACCACCACAGUCUUCCCCCCUUUACACAAUGAACCAAGAAUACUCUACUAAUAAUAAUGUACACAUGCCUCCACCAAUGAUGCCAAACAAUUAUUGCCCAGAUUCAAAUGCAGCAAAUAAUAUCCCAACAUCAAACUUUCUCAAGGACUUGUUAGGGAAUCUGGAACCUAAUUCCACUGGUACAUAUUCACCAUUUGGUCAAAACUAUCCUUUGAACCACCCUGACGCCCCAUCCUUGAAUAUGCUUUCAAACUCAGCGAUGGAACCUAAGUCGGGAAUAAAGGUUGAUAAUUCUCCGAAGAGAAAUGAAAAUAGUCCUCUAGCUGAUACCAGUACUAAAAAGCGCAUAGUGGCUGAAGUAAAGCCAAUGCGCCCUACUUAUUCAGAUGUAUUGGCCAAAAAUACUAAGAAUAUAUCUCCAACUGAGGUAACACAGAAGGCAAAAGCACUAAAUGUUGAGACCAAGCCUUCCAACAAUAAGUCUAACUCAAAGCCUGAUAAGCCACCCAUGAAUAUCAAACAUAAUGAUGAAACCAAACAUAAAAAUGACAAGAAGCAUCAUCAUUCAAGUACAAUUUCAUCAGGCAGUGAAUCAGGUGACAUCAACACUGACGAUACAGAAAAGCCACAAAAACCGAAUAAGAAAUCAAAGAACAAGCGUGGUAACAUCUCUCGAAAAUGGUCUUCCUUGGAUGACAUCACCAACGAAGAGGACGGAAGCUAUGAACACAAUAGUGAAAGUCAGUUUGUAUUCAUUGAAAAUCAGGAGAAGCCAAAAAAAGAGAAAAAAGAUAAAGCAAAACCGAAUAAAGCUGUUAUUGAGGAUGAGUUCAAAAUCGAAGAAGAGGACCAAUCAGAGUUUAUUUUUCAAGAGAACCAAGGAGACGCGGCUAAAGCUAAGAAGAAAAAGGAGAAUCGUAGCUACCAUAAGAUAAGCAAGCCUGCAGUAGAUAAGAAAAAAGCUGGUCAAUCGAAAGUGCGGAGAAAUAAGCCUGGGUACUUGGGCCUGGCUCAGAAUUAUGUGGAGCAUUGGGGAGGGGCCUCCUGGAAGGCUCUAGUGUGGUUUGCAUAUCUCCUGUCGGACAUUUGCCAUAUGAGUCUACAUCUUUCUUUUGAUUUAUGCACCUCAGUGUUCACACAGACCUACGUGAGUUCCCAAGCAGUGUGGCGCAGCAGCAAGGACUGGCUGAUGAAGAUGAAGGAGAACAAGUACCUGCUGUACAUCGACAGGAAGUUAGGACACACCAGGUUUGCCUUCUGGAGGAAACUCAAGUGGUUUAAGACAGAAUCAGAAGCAGAGUUGGGCAAUGACUCAACAAAACUAAACGCAAACAUACCACUGCCUGCGACUGGGGAAGAGGCGAUGAAGCGGCUGCUAGCGUGUAAGGGAAAAGAUCCAUACAGUAUUCUCGGCGUGAGCGUGACCUGCACAGACGAGGAAAUAAAACGGUAUUACAGAAGACAAGCGUUCCUAGUGCAUCCUGACAAGAACCAACAGCCUGGAGCUGAGGAAGCUUUCAAAAUAUUGCAGCAUGCCUUCGAACUCAUCGGAGAGCCGGAGCGCCGAGAAGCGUACGAGCGUCGCGCAGUGGAGUCGAGACACGUGGAGGCGGCGUGGAGCGAACUCAGUCAGCUGUUGGCACAACUUCAUGAUAAGAUGGAAUUUGCCGCCAACACCAUCAGAUGCACGAACUGCGGACGGCGCCACAAGCGCGCGCUGACGACGCGGCCGUGCUACGCCGCGCGCUACUGCGCGCAGUGCAAGAUCAGGCACUCCGCUAAAGAGGGCGACAUUUGGGCGGAAUCAAGCAUGAUAGGGCUCCUAGUGAUGUACUACGCGUGUAUGGACGGAGCUGUCUACCAGAUCACGCAGUGGGCCAGCUGCCAGAAAAAGAACCUGAAGCAGCUACGGCCAGAUUGUCACGUGGUGCAGUACCGCAUCGUGCUGGGCAACAAGGCCACGCAUGAUCGAGAGCCCACGCCCAACACUGGCCACGACCCGAACCUAGAGGAGUUCCUCAACAACCUGUACAGCAAGUCGGGCUCCGCCCCCGACGACCGCAAACGCCGCAACAAGAAACCUAAAGCUUAAACUUGUGUACAAAUGUUUGCUCUCCAUAGACAUACAUGUGUCCAGACACCGCAUUCAAAUAGAUACUAGUUGCAGCCCGCGGUGUAAUCCGUGUAAUUAUUUUUUUUUAAAUACUUACGGUUUUAUUCACCGUAGCGCAAUCUACUUUAUAAAGCACUAUUGACUAUCAGACUUUUUAACCAAAUCCGUGAAGCACGUACUUUCGAGAUAAAACCUAUACUAUAUGUGUAUGUAUGAACGUGAAGAAGUAUCAAACAUACUCAUAAACUUUAGCCUUUAUAAUAUUAUCGGUAUAUAGGGACAAAUCACACAGAUUGAGUUAGCCCCAAAUUAAGUUCGACACUUGUGUUACGGGAUACUAACUCAACUAUACAUAUUAUAGAUAAACAGGGAUUCAAUUUAAAAAUUAAGAUUUUCAAACUCUACAAUAUCAUAUGACGAAGGGAUAUUUAAGCCACUAAUAGGUCACAACAGUAUUUUCAAAGAUCGUCUCCCGAAGAGGUCAUAAAACAAAACCAAAUCGUCGAAAUAUUAAUCUUUUUAUUAUUUAUAAAAUCUUUUUUUUUUUGCGCGACCCCAGGGAUUUUUUGUCAUAUCCGUUUCAAUAUCCUUAGUUAUCAGAAGGUGUCUAGGCAAAUGUUUGUCUAUGUUUGCUGUAUGUUUGAACAAACCCGAAGCAACUCUGCAGUGUGUCAGUGGCUUUAGAUCUCUUUUUAGUUCGGAAGUGUAUACGUUUGAAAUGUUCAGUGUAUUUUGUAUAUUAAUAGUUUUUUAUUUUCUAUACGCUGCCAGUUACUUUUCUUUAAUUUUUAUUAGUAACGUGAUAUUUUAUGAUCAAAUAUUUUAAUGUUAUAUGCAAUUGAUAUUUUAAAGAAACUUCAUCUAUAUUUUAAUUAAAAUAUAUUAAUAUAAAAACUCAGUUUAUUUUCAAAAUUGGAUUUCAGUAAUUAGGUAACAUUUAAUUAAAAUCCAAACUGUGCCAAAACAGUAUGUAUCUGGCAAACUACACUCGAACUUAAAAAAUAUUAGAUUACUGAAAUAAUUAAGAGUUCUGAAGCGACUGAUAUGUCAAUAGCAAAAAUUCUGUGAAAAUAUGCCUUGCAAAAUAUAUUAAUAGAUUUAUAUCCCAAAUAAAACAAACUAUACCAGCUGCUAUGUGGUGUCAAUAAAGGCCGUUGACUCUAUAGCCGUCUCGCUCCUGCAUAUAAUAAUUAUGUUUUAAUUUUUUAAGUAAAUUAUUAAUUUAAAAUUAUUGUCAUAUUCGUAAUUUGAUAGAAGCAAAAUAGGUCAAUGUACUAUGUUGACAUCAACUUGGAGUGCACUAUAUUAGCAAAUCUGUUUAUUUUAGAAGACACUCGAAGGAAAGUAUGAAAGAAAGUAAGCUAGGUUUUGGAUUGCUGACGUACCUAUUAGGUUAGACUCAUGACGAUCGGCUAGAUGAAGCCUUUCAACUAACAAUAUUAAUUUUCGUUAUACUUUUAUAUAAUAAUAAUAUUUUUUAUUUUUUAAGUUUGUGAUAGAUAGUCAAGUUUCGUUUUAGGAUCACAAAAUAUGAUGAAAAAAUUGAUUUGCAUUUAAUUUUUAAUCUCUAAUUGAGUUCUGAUGCCGGAUUUAUUAAUUUAGUAUUUUAAUCGGAAUAAAAAAUCUGCUGGACAAGUAACAUCUUGAAGACUGUUUUGUUUUAUAAAUAGAUCCAGUAGAUUUAUUAAAAGUCACAUACUAAAUGUACAAGUUCAAAAAAUAAUAAUCGAUUAACAAUGCAAUUCCAAAAUCGUUACUAAAACGAAACUGUUUUACUUACUAAAUAAUCUAUAGCCACAUUCAUAUAAUCAGUUAAUGCAUACUAGUGUUGCCAUAACAGAAAAUUCAUUUAGUAUUGUGACUACCAUUUUGUAGCUAUGCUAAAUAGGUGUUUAAAGCUUGCCUUCCAUCGUUUGAAUAUUUCAUUUUAGAUAAAGAUCACUCGAAUUUUAAUGAUUAUAAUGAAAAUCAAACUUUAACACUAUUGUGUUAAGGUUAUUUUUGACAAAAAGCAGCAGGCUCUGCUUAUUUGGCAUUUGAAUACUCCAUCGACGGAAUUCUAUGUAAAGUGUAAACUUUGUAAAACUGUCUAAUCACACCAAAUAGUACAAUGUCUUUGCAUUCAUUAUUUUGUAAUGGAUAGUGAUCUAUUAGUAUUGUUUAUAUUAAUUAUUAACAGUUGCAGAAAACUUUAUGGAGUUAAAAGAUAAGCUAAAUGUUUAUGGUUGAGAUCAAAAAGAUUAUUUUCACUAACAAAAUCUGACUUACAUAAUCAGUGUUCCUAAGUAUACCUUAUAUUCGAAGCAUAUUUUUUUAUUGUUAUUAGAUGUCAAUAAACAGUAUAAAUUUUAUGCCAACAUCACAUUACAUUGUUUUCUGCAACAUAAGUAAUCACAUGUAGUUUUGUAACAAAACAAUUUUAAAUACUCGUCUAAAUCCCGAGAUGGGAUAACUAAUACGCGACUGCCUUAAAAUGGUCUUUAUGAGACUGAUACUAGUCGGCGAUAUCGCGCCUGAAGAUCAACUUUUUUUUUGUUUUCGAAAAUAUACAGGUGUUACAAAUACCUAUAUGUAUACAUACGAAUCUUUACCUAUAAGUUUCAACUUAAUAUUAACACUAAAAUGUAGUUGUCAGUCGUGUCCACUUUAACCUAUACGAAAACCUAACUUUGCAUAAAAGAUCUACCCAAAGUACCUUACCAUUUCGUAUGUUUCAGUAUUAUGUAAAACCAGUAUUCGUAUGGGUGCAACCCUGAUGACAUUUUUAUCAAAGAUUUUGUAUGGAACAGCACAUUUUAUUUUUACAAUUUCAGGGUUGCUCCCAUACGAAAAAUCGUUCAGUUUCAUUAACUAGCGUGUAGUUGUUGCGUGUAUCGGUGUUUUGUAACAACCUGUAUAUAGGUAAUAUGAUACUACAUGUGGUUAUAUCACUGCCUUCAAGAGAUUAUCGAUUUAAUGUUAGGCUAGUGACGAGAGAUUGCUGUCUAAGUUCACUGUGCGUAGGCCUUCGCGCUUCAUGUGUCAAUAAAGAUGUGGAAACAUUAUUCUGUA